CAUGUAGGUGUGUUUGCAGAUUUUACCUCAAUUGUAAAAAAAAACGUUAUUAACGGUUUAUGACUCUGUCACUGGUUAAACAUCGGUUAAAUGAACAAAUGUUUGACGAAGUGUAAAAUAAACUUAAUCAGAUUUAGUGAGCAGACGAACUAUUUUAUCUUACUUUCACAUAUAACCUUGGUGAACUUUUAUAUAGAGUUGGAUUUUUAUGAUAAAUAUAUAAUUGGAUAUUUUAGCUAGCAAAGGUAAGAUAUAAUACAUGAUUUCCUAACUUUCAUCACACAAUGGCCGUUAACGUUCCCGGACUCAUUUCCAUCAUUGUAUUUUACCUUUUGAUCCUACUGGUUGGAUUAUGGGCGGCAAGAAGAACAAGACAGAAAGAAGGCAAGGCCAGCUCCGAGCACGUGAUGUUGGCGGGACGUAAUAUUGGCGCCUUUGUUGGGAUAUUCACAAUGACAGCAACGUGGGUGGGAGGAGGUUUCAUAAACGGAACAUCAGAAUAUAUUGUCAAAGAUGGUUUUGUUUGGUGCCAGGCUCCAUUUGGAUAUUCAGUAGCGUUAGCGUUGGGUGGUUACUUCUUUGCGAGUAAGAUGAGGUCUCAGGGCUAUAUCACAAUGUUGGACCCUCUGUCUCGGAAAUAUGGGGAGCGUAUGGGCGGUCUCUUGUUUAUCCCUGCUUUACUCGGGGAAAUAUUUUGGUCUGCAGCAAUCCUGUCAGCUUUAGGUGCCUCUCUCAGCGUAAUACUUGAUUUAGAUUCAACAAUUUCAAUAAUCGUGUCAGCCUGUAUUGCCGUGUUCUACACAUUGUUUGGUGGACUCUACUCAGUAGCUUACACAGAUGUUGUACAACUUAUCUGCAUAUUUGUUGGACUCUGGAUUAGUAUACCGUUUGCUUUCACACACAAGGCAGUUGGUGACAUUACAGUGAACGCUACUGCUAACUGGGUAAAAGAAUUGGACCCGGUUUAUAUAGGACUAUAUUUAGACAGCUAUUUAUUGCUCAUAUUCGGAGGAAUUCCGUGGCAGGUAUAUUUCCAACGUGUUUUGUCUGCAAGCACAGUUCGGAAUGCUCGGAUAUUAUCAUAUGCAGCAGGUGUAGGGUGUAUAAUUAUGUCUAUACCUUCCAUUUUAAUUGGAGCCAUAGCAACCGUAACAGAUUGGAAUCAAACAGAUUACGCUGGAACAGUUCCAAUACCGGAUGAAGAUAUGAAUUUAAUACUUCCAUUAGUUCUUCAAUACCUGACACCUCAAGCUGUUGCAUUUGUUGGGCUCGGUUCUGUGUCUGCUGCAGUAAUGUCGUCUGCGGACUCAUCGGUGUUGUCUGCUAGCGCCAUGUUUUCAAGAAAUGUGUAUAAAUUGGUUUUCAGACAAAAGGCCUCGGAAAGGGAAAUAUUGUGGGUUAUGAGAAUUACUAUAUUUGUUGUUGGUAUCCUAGCAACGGUGAUGGGUAUCACUGUGAAGUCUAUUUACACUCUAUGGUUCCUGUGUUCUGACCUUGUGUUUGUUGUCUUGUUCCCACAGCUGUUUUGCGUUGUAUAUUUGUCUUGGACUAACACAUAUGGUUCUUUGAUUGGAUAUAUUCUGGGACUAUUUUUCCGACUUGCCGGUGGUGAAGCGGUCCUGAACAUACCUGUGCUUAUAAAAUAUCCAUAUUAUAAUGACGCAGAUGGACAGUUAUUUCCCUUUAAGACUCUUUCCAUGAUCAUCUCUUUGACGUCAGUGCUUGUUUUCUCCUUUGUAACAAAUUAUUUGUUUAAGAAUGAAAUUUUACCAAAAAAAGCAGACAUAUUUAAAUGCAUUGUAAAUAGGGAUGAUGUAGGAAAACCCAGGAAAGAGUACAACGAACAGAUUGAAAUGUCACCGCCAGACGAAAAUUCGGGGAAAAUGAACCCAACAUUUGCAUAUUCAAAUGAUGACAUACAAGGAAAGGCGCAUGCAAACUAAUGUAGUAAUGUUCUAUCUACAAAUAUAUAUAUAUAUACGAGUACAGUGUAUAUUGUACACAAAUUAUGAAACGUUCACCUAACCUAUCUCAUAAAACCAGAACUGAUCAUUGCGUUUCACGCACGCCCUCACAGCUCAAAUUUGGGGUAUAUACUAUUUUGUGUAUGUCUUUUAAUAAAAUGUAUAGUUUGAAAUUAAUAGUAUGUUUUCAGAAUUCUUGAAAUCACAUGGUCGGAUUGAAAAAUUACUGUCAAAGAACAAAACAGAUCGUCAACUGCCAUUUUUGAAGAUGAGUUGUUACAUUUAACUUCUGUACGAUUUCAAACUUCUAUAUAAAUACACAAUCCAUAGCACUUUUAAAUAUAUUUGGGAUUUUAGAACUUCCGGAAUUCAGAAGUUACACUGUAUCAAAUUGAAGAAGAAAAUGUUAUAUGAAUUCAGUACAGUUUUCAUUUGAGAAAAGUUCUACAUGUAUUGUUCAACUCGCGACGGUUUCAUCAUGAUGCUU